AUGCACGCGUGCUUCCAUGGCGGCGGCGGCAGCGGCAGGACCAGGACCAUCAGCAUCAUCCGGGACCUCACCAAGAACGUACGCCGGCAGCCCAGCGCCAUCCGUCAGAUUCCGUUCCAUCCUUCCCGUGUACGGUAUGUCCGCGCGCGCGCGCGGAUGCAUCUAACGUGCCUGUGUGCGUGUGUGCAGAUGAAGUCCAUGUCGCUCAAGAUGAAGGCGGGCGGCGGCGGGGGCAACGCGCGGGCGAGGCGACGGCGGCGGAAAGGGGCGGAAGGGGAGGAGGACCUGGAGCCGCAGGACAAGGACGUGGCCGCGGCGUCGGCGUCCGCCAAGAUAGCGCCGGAGGAGCGAGAGGGGAAGACGCGUGCGCCAUGCGACCGGUGCCGCUCCGGCCUGGAAGACGUCCCCGAGGAGGGGGAAGAGGAGGAGGAGGCGGCGGCGGCGGACCAUACGACCGGGGAGGAGCAGAGCGAUGGCGAGUGGGUGGCGGAGCCGGAGCCCGGGGUGCUGAUGACGCUGGUGUCGCGCCCCGACGGCACCAACCACCUCCGCAAGCUGAGGUUCCGGGAGGAGCUGUUCGACGGGCCCCGGGCGGCGCAGCGCUGGUGGGCGGACAACUACGACAGCAUCGUCGAGCUCUACAGCAUCGUGCAGUCCACCGGAGCGUCGCACGAGGAGGAGGACGCCGAGGACGGCAUCGACGACGACGAGCCCGCGACGCCGUGCCAGUCGGAGGACGACCACCACCAACCGCGGCGGUGGCCGCGGCUGGGGUGCGACUCGGCCUCCACCUCGGCCGGCCCGUCCAGCGGAAGCGGAAGCGGCAGCGGCAGCGGCGGUGGGUCGGCCAGCACCGUGGGCUCGCCAAUACUGGGCCUCGUCGUCGCCACGCCUCCUAACAAGGGCGAGAGAAGCCCGGGCCAAGCACAAUCACACAAACACAAGUGUCGUUCCUUGCACAUAAAUUAG